UGUCUGUACAGCACAGUACUACAGCCUACUUGUAGUGUUAUUCCCCAGCUUCUUGCUGCUCCUAUUUGGAUUCUUUUGUUGCGCCUGCUGUGCAACCUACACUCACAUCCAACUCCCACGUCCCCCACUCGGGAGCACCCGCAUCAUGUCGGUCCCUCCGGUGGUCGUCGCCAAGAAGAAGGACUUGACCAAGACGCCACAGGAGCUUGUGAGCGACUUCUGGGACAAGUUCUUUGCCAAGAAGACGGGUCGGGUCACUUCCAUCUUCCCCCGGAGCCUCUAUGCCACGCUUCUCCCGCCCAUCGAGCCGCGGGGCGCGAGCUCGGCCCGUAACGCGGCCGAGAGCUACGAGGCCGCGGCUAAGGAGUGCCGCGAGAAUGUGAAGCGCAUCAUCCUCGAAUGCAAUCGCACCAACCAAAAGUUCACAGACCCCGACUUCGACAUCGAGGCCGACUCGUGGGGUGACGGCAACUGCCUCAACGGCCUGGUCCGCGACGACUACCGCACUUCGUCGUACGGCGACGACGAGAGGACGGCUGUCUCCGCUGGCCAGCUCAAGCGCUCGCUCGAUACUUUAGUCAGCAGCAACGUCCUAGGCUCCGGCGGCGCUGUGCCCCUAGAUGCGAACGUUGUGCGCGACUACAUCAACGACAGCAACCCCUUUGCCUUCCUCUUUGGGGAAGGCGCCAAGGGCGUCAAUGGCCAGCCUAAUAGUAACUUGCAGGUCCUCUCACGGGCUCUAGGCACCGAGGCUAGCGGAGCAUCCGGUGGUCAGGUUAAAGGGAACAACGACGAAAAAGAGCGCCGCUUCGCCGUCUCCCAUGGCGAGAGGUACAACCCUGGCUCAAUCCACCGGCUCGACUGGAUCUUUGAGUCUCCCCAGUUUACCAUUGACGGGUACUCGUCGUCGGACAUCAAGCAGGGCGGAAACGGCGACUGCUGGUGGCUGGCGUCGGUGGCCACGAUUGCUCACCGCAAGGAGCUCAUGGACAAGGUCUGCGUGAUCCGGGACGAGGAAGUUGGCGUCUACGGCUUUGUCUUCUACCGCGAUGGCGAGUGGAUCAGCACCGUCGUCGACGACAACCUGUACCUCCAAGAGACCGACUUCGACUACUACGGCGACACCUACGACUCCACUGGCAAGCGCGCCCGCGAGCACAGGAAGCGCUACCAGACCGGCUCCGAGGCGCUGUACUUUGCCAAGUGCGAGGACCCGAACGAGACGUGGCUGCCGCUCCUCGAGAAGGCCUACGCCAAGGUCCACAACGACUACGAGGCUAUCUCGGGCGGUUACCCCGGCGAGGCCGUCGAGGACAUGACGGGCGGCGUGUCAACCACGGUGGCCUCGAACCGGGUCCUGAAAAAGGACAAGCUCUGGAAGGAGCUUGUCAACGCCGACGGCGACUUCGUCUUUGCCCUCUCUGCCCUGGGCACCGGCUGGGACUGGCAGAAGGGAGGCCUCGCGCUGGGCCACGCCUACUCCAUCCUAAAAGCCACCGAGGAGGUAGGCGAGGACGGGGAGAAAGUUAGACUGGUUCAGAUCAGAAACCCCUGGGGAGAGCGAGCCUGGAAUGGAAUCGGCGAGUGGAAUGGCCCUUGGUCAGAUGGCUCGAAGGAGUGGACUCCUUACUGGCUCAAGAAGCUCAACCACAAGUUCGGCGACGACGGCAUCUUCUGGAUGUCGUACAAGGAUGUUCUGGAGACUUUCAUGUUCUUGCACAGAACGAGACUGUUUGAUGAAAAGUGGACUGUUGUCCAGCAAUGGACCAGUGUCAAUGUUGGAUGGGUCUCCGGCUACCUAAACACAAAGUUUAUCAUUGAAGUCAAGAAGAGCGGUACCGUCGUUGUUGUCCUGACCCAGCUUGACGAGCGCUACUUCGUCGGACUCGAGGGCCAGUAUCAAUUUUCGCUUCACUUCCUUCUGCAACAGGAAGGGAGCAACGAGCACCUGUGCCGAGUCCGUCCUGUGCACGACUGGGAAAACCGUUCCGUAAGCUGCGAGUUGGACCUCGAGCCUGGCCGAUACGAGGUCUUGCCCAAGAUCACGGCUACUCGCCACAAGUCGCAGAGGAUGGUGGAGGAUGUGGUCAAGGAGCAGUACGUAUUUCCCCACCCGCAGGGCCGAGUGACUGACGGGCUUUUGAUCGCUUCACUACUCACCAGAAGAUGUGCUUGCUGACAUUUUCACCACAGGGCCGAGAGGAACCCUUCCAAGCUGCGGCAGGUCGGCAUGCAGUAUGACCUUGCCCACGCCAAGGGCGGCAUCCCGGAUGAAGAUGAGCUCCUGACAAAAAAGAAAGAGGAAGAGAAGAAGAAGGCUGAGGACAAAAAGAAAAAGAAGAAGGAGAAGGAGAAGCGCAAGAAGGAGAAGGAGAAGGCCAAGAAGGCCAAGGCUAAGGCAAAGGCCAAGAAGGCCAAGGC